AUGCUCGAGGCGGCGCGUGCUUCACACGAGGAGUUGGAACGGAUCGAGAGACUCAUCGUUAAGGAAUUACAGUCGGAGCCGUCCACCGCCAGGGACCGCCUCUAUCAGAGCCACCGCGUCCGUUACAUGAUCGAUCAAAUCACCGAUACCACUAAUAAGCUUACUGACAUUUACCAACACAUGAAUGAUGAUCAGCUCAAUGGGACGAAGGAUGAGCAGAUUCUUGCCCAACUGGAAGAACAAAUUCGUGAUUAUCAAAAAACGCACCCGGUUGCAAUGGCUGUUGAUGUGAACGAGGAGCUUGAACAGAUGAUUCUGAAGGAGGAACCUCGAAUCGAAUUCAGCGGAGAGGAAGGAGGGCAGGAUCAUGGUUCUGUUCCUCCUCCACAGCUGGACGAAGAAGAUGCGAAAGAGAUAGCUUUGAUGGAAGCUAAACUGCAAAAGCUGUGUGAGUUGUUGGAAGAAACAAUUAGUCGGACCAAAGAAAAUGUAGAGAGGAAGCAAGCUUUGACUUAUCGGGAAAUGAAAGCAGAACGUGAAGCAGAGGAAGAAACACAAGCAGAAGCUGGAAGUGAUGAUGAGGAGGAGGAGGAGCUAGAACAGAGAUAUAAUCCCCUUAAGUUGCCAAUGGGUUGGGACGGGGAAAACAUACCAUACUGGUUGUAUAAGCUUCAUGGACUUAAUCAGGAAUUCAGCUGUGAGAUUUGCGGGAAUCAUAGGUACCGUGGUCGUCGGGCAUUUGAGCAGCACUUCAGGCAAUCGAGACAUCAGCAUGGGAUGAGAUGCCUGGGUAUUCCGAAUACCAAAAACUUCAACGAGAUCACAUCCAUUGUGGAAGCUAGGCAACUUUGGCAGGAACUUCAGCAAAGAGAGAGGCUAAACGAGUGGCAUCCUGAUCUCCAAGAAGAAUAUGAAGAUCAAGAGGGUAACAUUUACAACAAAAGGACCUACACUGAUCUCCAACGCCAGGGUCUUCUUUAG